GAAUCAGAGACUCUAAGAGUCAGUCAGCACGCAAGUGUCCACGCUUAUGCAUAAUUGCAAUCUUAUUCCUGCUCUGGCCAGAGCAAAGCAUAAUCAUGAAGAUUCGUCUGCUUUCUCCUAGGUUGGGACGAAGACAGAUCUGCUCUGGAAAAUGUGAUCUAGGAGGUCUUGUUGAUCGUCCCACAAGAUGGGUCGUGGAUCAGUAACGAAUUUGAAAAUCAGGUUGUCUGAUGGAUUGGAGAUCAGUAUAUGAGAUCGAAAGGAAGACCGCAGAUCAAUAUAGGAGAUUGAAAGUAAGACUGACUUAGUUCUGACGGGUGACUUCUUACCUACUAGUAUCUAUAGCUGCACUCUUUAUGAAAAUGAGAUGAAACUGUUACUAUGCAUAAUUCGUGGUCUGUAUUCAUUCUCCAUUCAUCUUGCGAUUCAGGAUCUCUAUACGCUAGACACUAAAAUCAACAUUCAUAAGUUUGUCGCGUAGGAGGACUGUUACAAGGACCAGAAAGGCCACGGCGAAUUAUAGAGAGAUAAAUAUUACCCUGUUUUGCUGUUAAGUUCGUAGAAAAAUGGAUGACUGGUGUAGCAGCUGGAGCACAGAGCCUCUUUCAGGUGCUGUGGUGGUCGAGCAAGAGCCUGCCAAGAGUCUCGCAAGCGACCCGUUCCAACAGAGCAUGAAGAAAAAUAAGAAAGUAGCCUCGCAGGCAUCGCCGAAGACGAUGAAAAACAAGCCACUUGAAGUAGAUUCCUGUUCCCUUACAAAAACAUCAGAAGAUGCGUCUUCAUCAUCAGCGAUCAAGCCUAAGUUGAGCAAGCAGCAGAAGGAUGCUAAAGGUAAACCUAAAAAAAUGGUUGUAUCCAGUUUGUCCUCCUCAGAGGAUAGUGAGGAUGACGAGGACUUCGAGGAUGAUGAGGACUCAGAGUCGAUUUCGGAUUGGAGUGGCGCUUCUGACUGCUCACUAGGUGAUGCAGACAUAUGCUUUCGUGAUCCAGAGAUAGAAUUAGAGUUUGCUGGCACCGCGCAAAAUGCCGCUGAUGUGGACAAAAAAAAGCAGACAUCAAAACAAGAGGGGAAGACGAGGAAGAAGACGAAGGUUAAUACUGGACGAGCUACAACAUCAAGAUCAACGGCGAAAGUGAAAAGGGAAGCUGAAGAAAAAUCCGGCGGCGGUGCUGUCGUGAAGAAAACCGUGGCAAAAAAGAAGAAGGUGAUGAAAAAAGCAAGCGCUGCCGCCAAGUAGUGUUUCGUUUCUUCCAAAUAAGUAUGAGACUACAAUUCUGUCUCUAUCAAUGAUUCCUCAAUAUCGAACCCUCCCUGCUUAUCACGCAUACCUCGAGAGAUUUAACCUUUGCUCUCGUUUGUGUCAGCGAAUACCAGCAUUAGCCGACACCUUUUACAUGACAUGAGAAACAAACGGAU